CAUUAUAUUAGAUUGGCAGAAUCGUCUCUCAGACUGUGCAAUACCGUAAGGUAAGCGGUCGAAGUAGGGUAUUUCUUCCCGUCAGGUUGCACACGUUUCAAUCACCUUCCAAAAUUUGUUUGGUGUUUACACUGCAAGAAGUUUUUAAGGAUAUAAUAUUUAACAAUGGGUGUACCGAAGUUUUUCAGGUGGAUUAGUGAGAGAUAUCCGUGUCUAAGUGAGUUUGUUCGAGAAUAUCAGAUCCCAACAUUUGAUAAUUUAUAUUUGGACAUGAAUGGAAUCAUUCACACUUGUUCUCAUCCCAAUGACUUUGAUCCUCACUUCCGAAUUAGCGAAGAGAAGAUUUUUAAGGAUAUUUUUCAUUAUAUUGAAGUUUUAUUUCGCAUGAUUCGGCCACAAAAAUUGUUUUUCAUGGCAGUAGAUGGUGUUGCUCCUCGUGCUAAAAUGAAUCAGCAGCGUGGUCGCAGAUUUCGUUCAGCAAAAGAAGCUGAAAUUCUUGAAAAGAAGGCCCAAGAAAAAGGAGAAACGUUGCCUACUGAGGCUCGCUUUGAUUCAAAUUGCAUUACACCAGGCACAGUGUUCAUGGCUAGAUUGCAUGAACAACUAAAAUAUUUUGUGACUUAUAAAGUGUCUACUGACCCUUUGUGGCAGAAGUGUAAAGUGAUCUUGUCAGGCCAUGAAACACCUGGUGAAGGGGAACACAAAAUUAUGGAUUAUAUCAGGUGUAUGAAAUCACAAUCAGAUUAUGAUCCCAACACAAGACACUGCUUGUAUGGACUUGACGCUGAUCUCAUUAUGUUGGGUUUAUGCUCACAUGAACCACAUUUUUCACUUUUAAGAGAAGAGGUUCUUAUGGGAUUUCUUGUUGGAAAUGAUUUUAUUCCUCCUCUGCCUGAUAUGCACAUAGCCAAUGGUGCUCUUCCUAUUCUUUAUGAAGCUUAUAUUCAAGUCCUGCCAACUUUGGAUGGUUACAUCAAUGAAGGAGGCACACUCAACCUAAAAAGAUUUCAGAAAUAUAUGGAAAAAUUAUCUGCAUUUGACAUUAAUCAAUUUAGAGAGACUUACGCUGAUCUUAAAUAUUUUGAAGGUAAAACUGGUCGUAAAUUGGGAAGCAAAGAGAGAACUGUUUAUAAAAAUAAGGAUGGUGAGGAAAAUAAAGUUGCAACCUUACAAGAUAUUGCUGCCCUAGUAAAAGAAGCUGGGCAGGAAAAUCCUGUAAAUUCUAGGGAAGAAGCCCAAUCUGAUGGACCAAAUACAGAAUCCCCAAAAUCUGACGGUAAUGGUGCAAAAUUAGGCGGUAGUGGGAAAAGAGUAUUAAAUCGUGAAUUGGAAGCUUUGAUUAAAGAGACAGAAGAUUUGUUGCUUGGUUCUUCAGCUCUUGAUGACUUCGAUGAUAAUGAAGAGGAUGAAGACGACGAUGAUGAUGAUGAUGACGACCUCGAUGAGGAUGACGAUGAUGAAGAAGAGUGUAACUUUGUAAUGGAAUUUGAUCAGCAUAAGAGAGAUUAUUAUAUGAAUAAAUUGGAGUAUAGUAUAGUGAACGAAGAAGUUAUGCGCUCUCAAGCAGAAGGUUACGUUCGUGCAAUACAAUGGAAUCUCAAUUACUAUUACAAUGGUGUUUGUUCAUGGUCAUGGUUUUAUCCUCAUCAUUAUGCUCCUUACAUUUCUGAUGUAAAGAACUUCUCUGAACUGAAAUUAGAAUUUGAUAUGGGAAAGCCGUUCCUUCCAUUUCAACAGCUUUUAGCUGUACUUCCUGCUGCCAGCAAGAAACUUCUUCCUGAGCCCUAUCAGAAGUUGAUGAUAAAUACCGAUUCACCAAUAAUUAGUUAUUAUCCUUCUCAAUUCAAGACUGAUUUGAAUGGUAAAAAACAGGAGUGGGAAGCUGUUGUUUUAAUUCCAUUUAUUGAUGAGACUGUAUUGUUGGAAGCAAUGGAGCCGAUUAAAACAUUAUUGACUCCAGAUGAACAAAAACGCAAUUCACAUGGACCAGCACUUGUGUAUGAAUACACAGAAGAUGAUUUGGGACAUUAUGCUGCACCGGAGUACUUUCCACCGAUAUCACAUCAUCAUGCAAGUGUUGUUGAACUUCACAGAGAAGAGUUAUUUGUGGAUCCCUGCAAACUUAUAAAAGGAUUGUGUCCUGGUGCAAAAUUAGAUGUGUAUUUUCCUGGUUUUCCUACAUUCAAGCACAUUAAAUAUUGUUCAUCUCUAGAGAAGAAAAAGGUUAAAGUUUUUGAAAUGCCAAGCCGAGGAGAUAACAUGAUUGUUCACAUUUUAAACGAAAGCAAACCUGAUGUGAAGCAAGUGGCCACAGAUCUUCUUGGGAAAAGUGUGUUUGUUGAUUGGCCUCAUCUUUUAGAAGCAAAAGUGAUUGCUGUGGUUAGUAGGGAAAAACGUUACGCUUUGCCAUUAGAGUCUAAUACAAAUUCCUCAGCAGAAACAUGCGAGAUUAUAGAGGAAGAAGUAAAAGGCAAUCUAGCUGCAGUAUGGACAUCUCAAAAAAAUGCCAUUCAAGAAAGGUACAUGAAUCGACUUGGGGUUGACAUAGGUACAACAGGAAUAUUACUUCAGUGCUUGCCCAUUGUUGGUCGACAAUUUGCAUUUGGCAAGCAAGGUCGGAUUACAUUAGACAAGCAUUGGUCUAAAACUGCAAGUGCAUUUGCCCUCCAGGCUACAGUAAAAGAUAUUUCGGUUCAUGAUCCAAGUUUUGCAGAAUUUUCUAGUGUGGAAGAGGUCUUUCCAGUUGGCACACGUGUCUUUCUUUUGGGACUUCCACAUUACGGCUACAUGGGAGAGGUUAGAGAUUAUGAAGAAGGAGCUCAAAGAAGUGGCCGUGUCAAGAUCACAGUUACAGUCACAAUGGAGCCAAAUCUAGCAGCUGCUCAUGAUAAACAUUUGAAUUUCCGUGUAAAUUAUAUGCCUGGGAGUUCAGCUGCUCAGAGAUUGAGCAUUUCACCACACUUGCUGUCAAGAAUAACUGGUACUAUAUAUAUUGUUCAUGGAGAGUGGGCAGAUGGUACUGAAAAUAAAACAAAUAUUGGCCUAAAUCUGAAAUUCAACAAGAAAAAUGAAGAGAUUCCAGGUUAUACCAAAAAGGACAAUGGAAUGUGGCUGUACAGUCUCAAAGCUGUGGAUCUGGUAGCAAGCUACAUGCAACAGUUCCCUGAGUUGUUUGAUUAUCUGAGUGCCAACACUGGGAAUGAUGUGUUCAAUGAAGCAGAUCCAUAUUACAUCAUUGAAAGGCAAGUGUGUGGUGCUGCUGUGUUAGAUCCAGAAAUCGUUCAAGAAAUAGAGAGAACUGUGGACAUGCAUUAUCAAUCAAAAAACUCUGUAAAAACUGUCUCAAUGCAAGUUAAACCACACUUGCUUUUUAAGCCCUCAAUGCAAAUUGGUAGUCUUCCUCCUGAUGCAGAUGCUUCAUAUUUGCUAUUUGAUAGAGUUAUGAACAUCAGAGAAAGUUACACAGUACCUCUGGGGUGGAAAGGAACAAUUAUAGGGAUUCACAAAAGAGAAAAAGAUGCAGAUACUAUGUAUGAUGUGGUUUUUGAUAAACCAUUUGCUGGAGGAAUGUCCUUCAAUUGUUCUGCAAAUCGAGGUUAUCGUGUCCCACGCUAUGCUUUAAUCAAUUUAUCUUAUGGAGAGCGUUUAGCUCAUGAGAAAUGCUUGUUGCAAGAAAAAUCUGACAAAAAGAUUACUACCCAAUCAUCAGGGAAAGAUGUCACAAACCGAGGCACAUACACAUUUUCCCCAGCUUGGAACAGUGCACUACAGCCACAACAGCAGCAGCAGCAACAGCAGCAAGAACCACAAUUACAUCAGCAACAACGAAUGAAACCACAAAUGCCAUCUGUUCCAACUGGCCCCCCUGUUCAGAGGUCGCAGAACAUUGUCUCUUCCCAUCCUAAUUCAGCAUUUGCCAGUUGGCGUAGUCAGGGCCAAGGAAUAAUACCAUCCACCAACCAGCAAUCAUUUGUGAUGAGAUCCACUCAUACAUCACAAACUCCCCCUCAGGCCAAUGCAAAAUUAGUCAAUCAGUCAUGGCGGCAGAGACCCACCCCACCAGCUGUGCAAACAAUCCAGAGGCAGCCACCACAGAGGACCCAAGUGCAACCUCAACUGCAGGUGUCGCAGCAGCAGCAGCAGCAUGGGCAAAUUCAGAUGUUUCUCAACAAAGCCCCAAAUUCUGUAGCCCAGCCUCAACAAAGUGAACAAAUGGCACAGAAGCCACCUCAACCCAGUGGACCACUGCUUCCAAAAUCCUCUCCCAAUGAAUUUCAGUUAAUGUGGAAUGAACUCCAAGGACUGGGGAAACCAGGAUCUACUGGAGAAACUCCUAAAAGUGCGCCACCACCAUCAUCAUCACAACAGGCAACUUCUCAGUUUCAGGUGAAUGAUUCAGGCACUGAAAUUCUCAAGAAAAUGUUACGUAUUACUGAAGUUCCUACAGAAAAACCUCAGCCUGUAUCAUCACAACAAACCAUGAAACAAGUGUCUGUGCAAGAAAUGUUUGAGCAUGCUCGAGCAAACGAAUCAAAAAGUGCAUCUUUUGAAGAAAAUUCUUAUACCAUCCAAUUGCUGAAAAUGUUCCAGUUGCAAGGUCAACCCCUUCCAAGAUAUGCUUAUACUGAGAAAGAAGAUCGAAGUAUAGUAGCUCAGGUUUUUCUUCCUAACACAUGUUCUUUUACUGGAUCCAGUGCUAGCUCUAAAGAACAGGCAGGAGAGAAUGCUGCAAAAGUAGCUCUUUCCAAGCUGACGUCAGAGAGAAACACAUUCCACGGAAAUACAAAUAAUGUAAAUAGUGUUGGCCUCAGUGGAGCAAGGCCACUGACUAAUAACCUUCCCAGCCCACCACAGCAGUGGUGUUGGCCACAGAACCAACAACCAAGGUCGAACAGGUUUCAUCAGCAGGACUUUCACCAAAACAAACAAGAGUGGAGAGCGAGGAAUGAUCACGUUGGCUCAUUUGGGAAUACUACAAAUUCAUGGAUGCGGCAGCAGCCUCAAGUUGCUGUCAGUCAGCAACAAUAUUCUCCGUAUGUAGUACAGCAGCAAAUUCGAACUCCUCCACGAACAAAUUGGCGAGAUGAAUCACGCCAAGGGUCUCAGUUUGUACCCUUGCAGGCUGUUAAGCAACAAAGAAGCAAAUCUGGCACCCAGCAGCAACAACAACAACAACCACAACAACAACAACAACAACAAAAGCAGAAGCAGCAGAAGCGCCAACAGUCUCAAUUUCAACAAUUACAGCAACUUCAACAGCAGCCUCAGCAACUGCAAUUGCAACCCCAGUGGCACAUGAAAUCAAAACAGGAACAAAAUCACCAAGGCCCAUUACAAUCUCUGUUGCAGCAAUCUGAAAAAAUGUUAAACCCAGACAAAUCUCCUGGACAGUCUAGUAAGGAAGGUACAAAUGUGGGAGAAACAAGUUCAAAAGAAAAUUUACCUAAAGAUUCCAACAAAGUCAAUAUGAAACCAGAGAGUUCAAAAGGCAGGCACAGCGGAACUCCUAAACCUCGCCAAAAGAAGUCAAGAAUAGCUGCUAAUUUUGGUGGUGUGAAAGUUGCUGAGCAGUAAUAAAAUUUGCAAAAUGUACAAAAUGAAUUAAAUGGCACAGUGGUUGAACUCUUUAAAUGUAACCUCCCUGUGAUACUCUUACUUUUGUCUUAUAACUGUUGUAUAUUGAUUCUCGGACCUUUAAAAUAGGUGUAAGAGAUUUGCCAAUUUUACAUUAUUUUACUUAAUGUUUAUAGUGUUAUUUUAGAGAUCAUACUUAAUUUUUGGUGCAGUUUCAUUUAAUGUGAAAAUGGAACAGAUGAUUUGAUGAGAAAUUAGAUAAUCCAUGAAGUUAUUCAUUUUAUCUGCCAGAAAGAAAGUAUUUGGCAAUUGUUCUUUAAACAAAUUUUUGAGAAUAUUAAAUCUCACGUUGCUGUUAUUAGAAGCUGAUUUUCCAUUUUGCAUCUAAUUAACUUGUCCAUUAUGUUGAAAUGGAGAUAUGUAUAUUGUACAUUGCUUUAAAUAAGGAUUCAUUUUAUGUCUAUUGAUUCAAAAAUUCAAUAUUUAUUGAUUUUGAGAAUCAGAUGUGUAAAACAUUUUUAAAAAAUUGCAUAAAAGAUUAUUACUAAUCUAAAGUGUUAUCUUAUUGUUCUCAGAUAAAUCAUUUUAUUUUGUUAAAGCUAUGACCUGUAAAAUAACUUAUAAUAAAAAUACUUGACAAACAUUCACCUUAAUUCUCCUAGAGUCAAGAAAUGAUGUCAAUGAAAUACAAAUCAAUAGGAUUCAUUGUGAACUGACCUGAAACCUUUUUCAUUACAUUAAAAAUUUCAAUUAUUUGAGUUUGUAUUGAUAAAAGGGUACCUGUUUUUUUUCCCAAUAUUUCUGGCUGAUACAUAUGAAUUAUUCUUUAAUUCAUUUUAUAAAUGUUAUUUUCUCAUUUUAUAAUCUCCUGUUUCAUUUGUGACUGAAUUUGGAUUUUUAAGCAAAUCAAUUUUUUUCUAAGGGGAUAGUUAUGUAACUGUGUUCAGUUAACAUUGAUUUGAGAAAUUGGUUGUGCAUACAGUUCCUGUUUUCUCUUUGAAUACUUAAGAUCUUUACUUACUUUGUGCACCUGCAAUAAUGAUAUAUCAUCGCUUUUGCCCAAUGUCAUGUAAAACAAAUAGGAUUUGUGUAGGCAAUUGUCAUUUGUUUCCCAACUUUCCAACAUUCAUUAGAAAAAUAUAUUUAUUUUAUUAUCAUGUUAUGUGUAAGUGAAAUUUAGGAUUUUGUAUAAUAUUUUCUUUUGUUUGUGCUAAAUGAAUGGAAUUGCUUAUUUUAAAAAAUAUGAACAUUUUGCAUGUGCAUGUAUGUUUGAUUUGUUUGUUGAUGGUAAUAUAUUUGCAUCAAGGCUCAUUUAAUGGAAUGUUUUGCAGUCAUAGACCUUAGAAUAGGUGGUUUUGCAAUCAGUGGUCGAAGUUACAUACAAACUUUUAAAAAAAUAUCAAAAUUAUAUACAAAGUUCUUUAUUGAUUUGUUUGUAUUUUCUGAAUUGAUUUAGGAAGUGAAUUUUUUUAAUCUCACAAUUAGUUGUAGUUUUUACACCAAAUUAUGAGAUGCAUCAUAUAUUAUGUUAUAUCAUGGUAUUCAAGAAGUAAUUAGCUUUUAUGAGCAGAUUCAUUUCUUUAAUAUGGUUACAGAAUUUGUUCAUUUCGUUGAAAAGCAUUACUAUUGCCUACUUGUAGACUUACAAUAGGUAAUAAUGCAAUGCAUAAUAAUGCAAUACAAUGUUAGCAGAAGACCUGAAAUAGGUGAUAUUUCUCUGGGAAAUUGCUAUUAAAAUCAUUAAAUUAAUGUAAUGUUUUCAUUGAACAUUACAAAAUGCUUAAUUUCUUGCAACUUAGAACUAAAAGGAAAAUCAGUACAUGAAAUUAUUUAAUUUAUUUAUUAUUAUUUCUAAUGUGUUUUCAGUAAGUGAUAUAUCACUGAUUGUAAAAACAUAUUCAAUGUGUUAUGACAAAGUUCCUCGAAGCUCUUAGUAGUUCUAAUUGAGGUCUUCAAUUUUUGUAAAAAUGUUUUUUUAGACAAAUUAAAGUUGUACCAACAUGCAAUUCAUUUUACAUGCAGCUCUUAUGGACAACUGUACUCCAUUAAGUUGUUGUUAUUCUUAAUUUUAGAUUGAUUUAUUCCAUAAUAUUUUAAGUUUUUAAAAUGAAUGUAUAGUCUUCAUGAAAUUGUGCAAUUUCUUCAAACAGUUUCUUAAUCUCAAGAUUCUUGAUUUUGCAAGGAUUCAACACUGUCAAAAUUUAAUUAAAAUGUAAUGAAAACUGUUUGCGGAAAGUGGUAUUGAAGUUAUUCAUACACUGUGUGAUAAUUCAAGUCCUGUAAUUGUGUAUUGCAGUAUGUACAUAUGUGUCCUAAAUCAUAAUAGUAUUUCUUACCGUAAAUAAUAUUUUCAUGAUUAGAUAUGACAGUUUGUUUUCAAAUGUUAUCAAACCUGUCAUAUUUUAAUGUGUACAGAAGUUGCUAGCAUGUGCUGCCCAUAAUUUGUAAUACUUUGACAGAAUAAAAAAUGGCAUAUUUUGAUUUCAGAACUAAAGUAUUUUAGUGAACUUUGGGUUUCUAUCAUCAAUAUGUGCUUUUGGUAUCAUGGUCAUUUUUAAAUGAGUUAAGAUUAUCAGUGACACUGACAGUACCAACAGACUGUCAAUUAUCUAAACAUUUGCCCUUUGGAAUGCAAAUGAAAAGUUGUUUUCCUAUCUAUUUUCCGUUAAAUUUGUUUUUAAAGGUAUUAUGUUAAGACGGUUUAACAGCUAAGUGUUACAGUGCAAACUAGUGCAGAUCACUUCCUCCUUCCAGACCGGUGGUUCAUAACAGGGUCAGUAUCAAACCUUUUGGGAUCAAUGAAAUUUUAAAGAGUCAAAGAAAAUUAAGGAAUAGAUCAUUAGCCAAAUAUGAGCUGGCAAAUGAUUGGUAUAAUCAAAAUCUCAUUGAUUACAAAAAAAAAUAUGAAAUUUGUAAUUGUUUUUCAAUAUUAAGCUACAAAAAUCUGUAAUAAAUUAUAAAUUCACUCA